AUGCUAGACUACGAGAUGUCUCUUUAUUAUGUUCUUUCCAAUAAUUUCGAAUUGAGUGAAAUGUACAAAUGCCCUUCCAAUAUGACGGAUACAAUAACACCGAGACCGAUCAUUGGAUCCUAUUUUCUGAUCUCCGGUAUUUCUUUGAUACUAAUUUACCUACCAUGCUUCAUAGUAAUGCUUCGUUCAAAGUGUCGUGCCCCGUCCUAUCAACUAAUGAUGCUUCUAGGGGUCUUCGACUUAAUAUCCCUGCUCGUGAACUCUGUAACAACUGGAGUACUUGGUAUCAUGGGUGCAUCGUUCUGUCACUACCCACUAUUAGUUUUUUGUGCUGGAGCGAUUGGUCUCGGCUCCUGGAUGGGCGGAUGUGUGGUUUGUAUACUGUUAGCCGUUGAUCGAUGCGUGGAGAUAAAUUCCAACUUCCCGCUGGCCAUUAUUUUUCAAAGACAUGUAUUCCGAUUGGUCAUGUUGAUUAUCUGUUCUUAUUGGGUCUACGCUAGCUUUUUCACGAAACCAUUGUUAUUCACUGCUCACUACAGUUCCUGGUUUUUUGAUCCAAAUAUUGGAAGAGAUGCGGAUCUCUACCAUAAUAUUCCACACACCAUAAACAACUUAUUAGUGUCUGCUAGUUCAACUCCACUUUAUAUUUAUCUAUGUUAUCAUUUGAUCUUCAAGUUUGGAUAUUCUACCUCAAUGUGGCUGUACAGAUCGAAGCAACAGAUAAUUAUCCAAGCAGUGAUUCUUUGCUCAUUCCAUGCAGCAGCUGCUUACAUCUACGUCUAUAUGCAAUUCUUUCCAUCCCCACCUUGGCUCAUCCUCAUCGGACAACUCGCCUGGCAAUGGAGUAAUGGAUGCGUUUGCAUUGCGUAUUGGACUCUAAACCGUACUAUUCGGAACUCUGCAAUCCGGAUGAUGCUUUCAAAAGCAACUCGACAGAAAUAUGGACUACAUUUGGGAAUAGAUGAACAAAUUGUGGCGGAGCGACAAGAAGGUAUUCAAAGUGUUCCAAAUGCUGUUCCUGCUGCUGCCAACUCUGCGAAAGUGGCACCGUUCAUGGCUGAAUGGUGA